UUAGGUAUCUUACCGUGCGCAAAGUCAGAGUUGUGUCCUAGGGCAAGGGCAUCGAUCGCGUCCGAUGGCUCCACGAUGGGCUAGAGGGGCGCAUUUUCUGGUGCUGCUGCUGGUGAUCAUCGCCACUGACUACACUCGCGCGGACGAGAUCUCUUACGACGAUGUGGAUGCUCCAAAACACCCCGGCUGCGACAACAAGUUCGUGCUGGUGAAGAUCAGAAACUGGAUUGACAACGUCCCCGCAAGUGACUAUGUCGGCAUCACAGCCAGGUUUGGGGGGCCCGUCGCAGCACGAGCUGACAAAGCUCAUGUCACUUCCCUCUCGCGAGCGGAUCCCAUCGACUGUUGCUCCAAUCCCGGCGGUGUCAAGCAUGCAGGGAACGUACUCCUCGCUGAAAGGGGGAACUGCACUUUCACUACCAAGGCAAGGAUUGCGCAGCAGGCUGGUGCCUCGGCUGUUCUCAUCACAAACGACCGAGAAGAGCUUUACAAGAUGGUCUGCUUUGAGAACGACACUUUCGCAGACAUAACAAUUCCAGCCAUUAUGAUCCCCAGAUCAGCAGGAGAAAGCUUGGAGUCUGCUUUGCAAUCGAGCCAAAACGUGAAGCUGCUCCUGUAUUCACCAGUGCGGCCUGUUGUUGACCUUGGCGAGCUCUUCUUGUGGUGUCUUGCGGUUGCGACCGUGAUCGGCGCGUCCCUGUGGUCCGCAUGCACUGCCAACGACGUAGGAAGCGGGCGGUACAAGCGCUUGAAGGAGGCUUCUGCAGCGUCUCGCACAAAGGACGAUUCCGACGACAAGGAAGUGGUGGAUAUCAGCAUCGCAUCGGCCGUGUGCUUUUUGAUCCUUGCGUCUGUCUUCCUGCUUCUGCUCUACUUAUUUAUGUCCAACUGGUUUCUGAUGCUGCUCGUUGUCUUGUUUUGCAUUGGCGGUGCUGAGGGAUUACAAACGUGCCUCGUAACACUGCUAUCCAGGUUAUUUCCUGGUGUUGGUACGCGGCACAUAACCAUUCCAAUCCUGGGGACUGUAAGUUCCCUAUCUGUCGUGGUGUUUCCCAUCUGUGUGGCCUUUUCUGUACUAUGGGCUGUGUAUAGGCACGCUCAUGUGGCCUGGGUUGGCCAAGACGUAUUGGGUGUAGCAUUGAUCCUGACCGUCUUGCAAGUUGUUCGCUUGCCAAACAUUAAGGUUUCCACGGUUUUGUUGAGCUGUGCGUUUCUGUAUGAUAUCUUUUGGGUCUUCAUAUCUCCAUACAUUUUCAAAGAGAGCGUUAUGAUCGUGGUGGCCAGGGGAGAUAAGAGUGGAGGGGAGAGCAUCCCAAUGCUGCUCAGGGUCCCGCGUUUCUACGAUCCCUGGGGUGGCUACUCAAUCAUCGGGUUUGGCGAUAUACUUCUGCCGGGCUUGUUGGUGUCAUUCACACUCAGGUUCGAUUGGGCCAACAAGAAGAGCCUUUCCGGGGGAUACUUCUUGUGGACAACGGUCGGCUAUGGCCUGGGACUCAUGCUAACUUACGUUGCUCUCAACCUGAUGGACGGCCAUGGCCAGCCGGCGCUGCUUUACAUCGUUCCCUGCACUCUAGGCAUUGUGGUGCUGCUGGGAUGGAUAAGGAAAGAGCUGGGAGCACUGUGGAACAACAAGGACGUGGCCGAGGAGCCAAGCGCAGGCCAAGUUGGCGCCGCGCAAGCCUAGCUCUAAUAAUGUAUGAUACAAAAUGUUGGUAUUUAUGUAUGUAUGAGGGAAAGUUGGGAAA